CUUUGCCCUUCUCUUGACUCCGGACUAUCUUUCGAUGCCGGCGAUUCCGCAGAAGAAAUGUUGAGGAGAAAGCCGACCAAAAUCGAAAUCAAGCUCGAAGACAAAGAGGAACUUGAAGAAUCCCGCAAUCCUCCCCCCACCACCACCGCCAAUCCCUCUUCCUCCGCCACCACAUCCUCCAUCCUCCAUCUCCUCGACCGCUUCCAAUCCAACCCUAAUUCCAAAUCCAACCGCAUCGGUAUUUCUCAGUAACAACCUCCAACCACCUCAGCAGAUGGAGGUUGAAGUGAAGCUUCGUUUAGCAGACGCCGCCGCCCACGGCCAACUCACCACAAUCCUCUCCCCCUAUCUCCGGAAAACCCUUCACCAAGAAAAUAUCUUUUUCGACACUACUAAAAGCGAUCUCUCGUCCCAACGGGCAGUUCUCCGCCUCCGGUUCCUCGAUAACGACACCCGCUGCAUCGCAUCCCUCAAGGCAAGGCCCACCCUGGUCAACGGCGUCAGCCGCGUGGAGGAAGAUGAGGAGGAGUUAGAACCCUUGACAGCCCGUGCCUGCGUGGAAGAUCCGACGAGGUUGAGGGAGAUCCAAUCGAGGAUUUUGAAGAGGGUUAAAGAGGAGUUUGGGUUGGGGGAUGAAGUGAGUUUUGUGUGUUUGGGUGGCUUUCAGAAUGUGAGAAUGGUUUAUGAGUGGAGGCAGUUGAAGCUGGAGGUAGACGAGACUAGGUAUGCAUUUGGUAUCUGCUAUGAAAUAGAGUGUGAGAGUGGGGAUCCGGAGGCGGUAAAGAGGGUGCUUGAGGAGUUUCUGAAGGAGAAUGGGAUUUCCUAUUCUUACUCAGAAAUGUCAAAAUUUGCAGUCUUUCGAUCCGGCAAGCUGCCCUAUAUGCAAUCUUCAAUGCCUUCCUCGGAAGAGAAGAGGCCAUCAGAAGGUUGAACAUCAUCCUGUUGAAGAGAGUAAAGCAUACCUACAUACCCAUUAUCCCCAUCCCACACCUCCUGGCUUUAGCUAUUGUAAGCCGUUUUAAUUUGCAUUUGCAUGCAAUUAUGUUUUGAUUAAUGUUGAGGAGCUUCUAAACUUCAAUAACUAGUUAUCAAGAUGUUUGCCUAAUCUAUGAAUUUGAUUCAUGCUUGUUAUUGUUUUCAAGAUGUUGAUUUUUGAACCAGUGACAAGAAUUAUU